AUCGAAUCUGCAGUUGAAAAGGUCAGAAACAUGUCGUAACUGACUUUAACUGGCCUUUGGAGAAUGUAGUUUUCUUGCCCUCGGGACUCUUUCAAUUCAACCUUUCCCGCUUUUGAAUAUGACUUCAUAUCCCAGAGCUCACCGCAUGUGUUACGUCAACUGCCUUAGCUCACGCGGACUGUCUCUGGGAGUGCUGAGUCGAAUAUCCUCUCUGGCUUCUUACCGUUAGAAACCGGCUGCUUUAGUUCACCUGAAUCGGAGAGCAAACGUUCCACUUCGAGUUGGGACGCUCUGACUGACUCCACGGGGCGACCUUAACAUCGGGGUUCAGGCGGACACUUACGGAGACCAAGAAUUGCGUUGCCGAAAUCUCACAAAAGUGAAAAUACAAGACCCACGAUGGACCCGAGAGACACUGCCCCUGAUUCAUGGGAACAAGAGGACGAUGUGGAGGCCACAAUCGACGGACAACUUGAUUCCGCGCUCCUGUCCCUAAAUGUGAACGCCAAACCCUUUGUGCCCAAUGUGAACGCCGCUGAGUUUGUUCCGACUUUUACCGGGAACGCACAUUCGGAAAGUGAGGAUUCUGUUGUUGCUGUUGAAAAGAUAUCCACCAUGGAGGCGUCAGAAAGUGCCGCUCCAGUGGAAAACGGUGACUCUGAGCUGACCACAGAGGAGCCGUGGGACCAAAUAGAGGCCGAGCCAAAUGAGAAGGAGCCGGGAGGCGGGCCUCGUGGGGACCGGGAACCAUCGAUGGCAGCAACUACGGAGGAGACGGCUCCGGAGAUGAUGGAGGAGGAAGAGGAAACGCCAGCGCCCAAGGUUCCAGCUACGCAGCCAGAUGCCCCCAAGAAAGAACACAUCAAUGUCGUGUUCAUCGGACACGUAGAUGCUGGAAAAUCCACUAUUGGCGGACAAAUCAUGUAUCUAACAGGCAUGGUAGACAAAAGAACCUUAGAGAAGUACGAGAGAGAAGCCAAGGAAAAGAACCGGGAAACCUGGUAUCUGUCUUGGGCUUUAGACACCAACCAAGAGGAGAGGGACAAAGGCAAGACGGUGGAGGUGGGCCGAGCUUACUUUGAGACAGACAAAAAGCACUUUACCAUCUUGGACGCUCCAGGCCACAAAAGCUUUGUGCCCAACAUGAUCGGAGGUGCAUCACAAGCAGACCUGGCUGUUUUGGUGAUCUCUGCCAGGAAAGGCGAGUUUGAAACUGGUUUUGAAAAGGGCGGACAGACGCGAGAGCACGCCAUGUUGGCCAAAACAGCUGGCGUCAAGCACCUGAUAGUUCUGGUGAAUAAAAUGGAUGACCCAACAGUCAACUGGAGCCUGGAGAGGUAUGAAGAGUGUAAGGAGAAACUCGUGCCAUUUUUGAAGAAGGUGGGCUUCAACCCGAAGAAAGACAUUUACUUCAUGCCGUGCUCCGGACUGACAGGAGCCAACCUGAAGGAGCCCACUGACAUGUGCUCCUGGUACUCAGGGUUACCAUUCAUUUCACACUUGGACAGUUUGCCAAAUUUCAAAAGAUCAAGUGAUGGCCCUGUCAGAUUGCCCAUCGUAGACAAAUACAAGGACAUGGGCACUGUGAUUCUGGGCAAACUGGAGUCGGGCUGCAUCUUUAAAGCACAGCAGCUGGUCAUGAUGCCAAACCGGCAUGUGGUGGAGUUGUUGAGUCUCCUGUCAGACGAUGUGGAGACGGAUGAUGCCCAGCCGGGUGAAAACCUCAAGCUGCGGCUCAAGGGUAUUGAGGAAGAGGAGAUCCUGCCGGGCUUCAUCCUGUGUAAUGCUGAGAACCUCUGCCACUCCGGGCGCACAUUCGACGCCCAGAUCGUCAUCAUCGAACACAAAUCCAUCAUCUGUCCAGGUUACAACGCAGUCCUUCACAUUCACACCUGCAUUGAAGAAGUGCAAAUUACAGCCUUAAUCUGUCUGGUAGACAAGAAGACCGGAGACAAGAGUAAGACACGGCCACGAUUCGUCAAACAAGACCAGGUCUGCAUCGCCCGUCUGCGCACGGCAGGAACCAUUUGCCUCGAGACCUUUAAAGACUUUCCUCAGAUGGGACGGUUCACCUUACGGGACGAAGGUAAGACCAUCGCCAUCGGCAAGGUGCUGAAGCUGGUCGCUGAGCGGGACUGAAGAGGACAGCUGCCUGAGUCCUAGUGAGAAGGAAUGGGCGGAGCUCGGUCAUAACCCGGCCACAUAGUUGGCGGCUGCGACGACGCCUCCCUGUCACGCCCCCCUUCUGCGUGCUGAAGACCAGCUUCAGAAAAGAACUCAUGUGAAAAAGAACCCGUUUUUAAGCAAAUGACACAAGAUGAAGUCCACACGAGUCAGCUUUCUCAUAUUGAGAGCUCAGCUAUGCCAUUCUGGGUUAGCCCUCCUCCACCACCUCCCUACUCUGGUCUGCUCAGCAUUACAUGAGGGUUUUUUCUUCUAUCUUUUUCUUGCUUUCAUCAAUGACAAAUGGAGGAAUUUAUAUCUGUAAACGGAUGUGGACCAGGAUCCUGCUUGGAUUAUAAAGGAUGAUUUUCAGACGUAAAUUGCAAAAGAAAUGGUUUGAAGAACUUAACCAGUUGAAACCAAAAUGUUUAUCUUGGGUGUACAUUUCUCCCUUUUCUUUGACCCAGUUUUUGGUUUCUCGUGGCGUUCUGGCAGUGUGCUUGAGCGUGUUCAACUGUUAUUAUAGCAAACAACUAUGACAAUAAAAUGAUAAAUUGGGACAACAAAGUGUUUUCAUUUUCAGAGCACAGUCCAGUGGCUGCUAUAAUAUUCCAUUCAUGCUACAGUUGUGGUUUUACAGAGUUCACAAUACACCGAUUUAAACAUUGUUAUGCCAUAUGUUGGUGAAUGAUUGUUUUGGUAGAAUACUGUUUGAAGAUUGCUUUUAUAGAAUAGUUAUUAACAGUAUUUCAAAGCAGAUUGUUCAGUGAGUUGACCUGAUCUGUUGAAUCAGCUGCUUCACUAUGAAGUGGUUUGUCCACCAGAGGGCACUGACGCUGGUUUGUACAAUGUAACCCACAUGUACAAGCCAUGAACUAGAUCAGUAUUGUUAUGGCAUAAAGCUGAGCAACAUUCCACAUAACAUGUAACUGCUGACUGGUAGCACUGAGCAAGGGAAACCAUCAGCUGUUGUUUAUUAUUAUUAUUAUUAUAGCACUGUUGUAUAUUAUGUAUUUCUUUCCAUUAGGUUUAGCUCAAAUGGUGUAGUGGUCAAAUUACAGUACAUACCCAUUUUUAGAAAUCCGGUUUCAGUAAAAUACCUUUU